GAAUUAACGGACAAACAUGGACGACACAGCUUCCAACCUUCAACGCCCAAUAAUCGAGGAAUCGAUUUCUUGAGUUGCUUGAAAUUUAAAAUGCAGAGAGAAUUUUUGCAAAGACGACUGAACAACAUCGACCAACGUUCUUAUUUUUGCCCCAACUGCCCAAUGUUGAAGAUGAACGAACGCGUGUAACUGCUGGCAACAGUGUGCGUGAAAUCCGCUUUUCUUAGUGAUAUUUCCUCCUUACCCCUAUGAAGGAACUCUGUGUAUUUACACGUGUGGGAAUAAUUUCCACCCAUGCGGCAUACGGACGACAUUUCCAAGCAUGCUGACGAGACGGGCAGCGAGUAUGGCGAGUAGCGACGCAAACUCUCGCCCCGCACAAAUAAACAUGGCGUGCCAGAGACGCGACCAUGAAGACGACAUCCUUCGAAAUCGACUUGAAGGCUUAGGAGAAGACGUUGGACCUAUCAACGAUUCGACGCGCUAUCUGUAUCAGAAAAAACUGUCGCGACUCGUUAAUGGCAGCAGCAGCCGGUCGUUGGGACAUUUGAGUUCGGAUGACAGCGAUGCGGACUCGAACGACCUCACAGAACGACGGCGACGGAGAUGGACGAAAAGGACGACACCCGACAGGUCUUCGGAGCGGUUGUCGGUACUGCAGAGUCGCGACACCGAAGUUACCCCAUUGCUGCACCGGUUCAACAAUAGUCUUCUGGUGCAUCGGGCGUCAGACAGCUGUUAUCCGUCAUGCGUAGAAGAACGUGGUCAUAGCCAUUGGGUAUCGGCUGCGCUUGUCAUCACAGUGGCCCUCUUUUUCGUCUUCCUGGGUGCAGCCUACAUGGGCGUACGCAGCCAAAAGGGUGAGCCAGCAAAAUCACCGAAACAGUUCAAAACGAAUGCACCGUACAACAGUACACUCUGUGAAGUUGACAGAAUGAAAAACUGUGUUUGGAAAGCGAGCAUCCCUCGAGCAUUGAAGCUCUCGGACUUGAUCCAGAGGAGACUUCAACAGCUGGCCGGUCAGUUUGAAUGCGGUGAAGUUCCUGCCCGGAACAUGACUUACAAACAGUGCCUACUUUUUCUGCAGCAAAAGGACAGCACGGUGACGGAGGAAGACUACAAAAAUGCUCUUCUGCUUCUCUCUGAGAAUCCCACAUGGGGUAUCAUGCUGUACGACGUCAACGGAGCUCCGUCAGCUUCUCCGGCUCUUGUCCAGACACUGGAGGCUAUUGUGGUCGGCAAGUCUUUCAUCUGUUGUUUACGGAUGGCUUUCUACAGCGUCUUAAACCACAUAAUUGUUUUAACUGCCAUUGUGUUCACUGUAGGAGGAAUGUACUAUGGCAUCCACUGGUACAGUGCCUAUAAGGAGCACCAACGACGCCAGCUCUACGACCUUGUCGAAAAAAUCACCACGAUGGUGAGGGAGCACGCUGACCCCUUUGUGGCACAGGUCCACGUGAGGGACAUGGUGAUCGCUCCGUCGGAUCGGCAGCGAAUGUCCAAGCUAUGGCAACGUGCUGUUUCAUUCUUGGAGCAGAACGAGUCCCGCAUUAGAACAGAGAGACAACACAUUGAAGGAGAAAGUUACGUAGUGUGGAGGUGGCUGCCAGGAGGGGGUCGUUCCAGGGUCUGGCAGGGGAGGGCCUUUGAGACCGGGGGAUCCCAGGGACCCAGACAUCCCAUACCUGCCACCUGUCUCAAGAUACGAAACAUGUUUGAUCCUGAUGUAGAAGAUGAGGCCGAUUGGUCCGUGCAAAUCCAAAAUGCUAUCCUGGAAAAGUGUCAGGGCAACAAUGGCAUUGUACAUAUGCGGGUAGAUACAUCAUCAAAAGAGGGUUGUGUGUACAUCAAGUGUUCAUCACUGGAUAGUGCUGGCCAGGCAUACCGUGCACUGCAUGGCUCGUGGUUUGACGGGAACCUUAUCACUGUAAAGUACCUUCGUCUGGAGCGUUACCAUGAACGAUUUCCAGAGGCCCAGUACUGCAGGGAACCCCUCCAACCGUCCAAUGCCCUGCGUCUUUCGUUGGCCAAAGAAGAGGAAGAUUCCCUCUGACCUCUUCUUAUGCAGCUCCUUUUUUUAUUCACUCUCGUUUGGACGCAACAAAUAAACAAAACUCAUUGUUU